UUCAGUACAUGACUUAUGAGGAUUGUAUGAAGGAGACGUAUGAAUUGGCAGAAAAAUGCCGGGCAGAUUCAAGCCAGGCACAGCUCACAAUUGACAAUAAAAAUGUUUGUGAUGAAUAUGAAAAAAAGUUGAAAAGUCUAUGUUCCGCUCACUGUGCAAAAGCGUCGUGUCUUGAUUGUUUUGACAAAAUGGAAAAGAUGGUGGAAAACUGCCAACUAUUUGCCAAGAAGAUAAACUGUGGCCUUAAUGAUACAACCCAGGAAUGCGAGGAUACGAAGGUCUCUUUCACCAAAUACUGCAGUAGCAAGGAAUGCCAAGUCUGCAAAGAUCUCUACUGCCGCAACGGAGGCAAGUGCGCCGGAUCCAAUGCUGUGUGGUGCGCAUGUCAGCCAGGAUUCACAGGAGCUUUCUGUCAUAAAAGUAAAUGUGCGAAAAAGCCGUGUUUAAAUGGCGGAACAUGUAUUGGUGAAAACGUCUGUAAAUGUCCACCUCCUUAUUCCGGUGCUCAGUGUACAAGAAAAAGACUGGGAACCAAAGACAACCCGGCACCAAACGCACAAGCAAUUCUUGACGCCGGCGAUAGUGUAGGCAACGACAUGUACUGGAUCCAGCCCCCUGGUGAAACAGCCCCAGCUCAAACUUACUGCGACAUGAGCUUUGCUGGUGGAGCGUGGAUGCUGGGUAGUUAUGGUUACGUUCACACAACGGGAGUAAACUCCAACAACAAGGUCAUUCCUAAUAUGAAUAAUCCCUUUGGUUUCGCCUGGCUUCCCACCCAACGCAGCUCCUCUCAUGGCGUGAUUAGUUUGGCACACGGGGCGAUAAUGAUGGCAAAUAACGCUCGUUACAUGAUCAUGGCUGCCGGUAAUAACCCAGCCACGGGCGGUAUCAACCAAUAUGCAUACGUGUACCGUAUUUCCCUGGGGAAUAACCCUUACAACAUAACCUUUGCAAAUCAUAACCGCUAUAACGGCGGACAGCCGGGCCGUAUGCAUAUCGUUGAUUUUGUCGUUGAAGCGUUGAAAGGAGAAAGUGGCACGUACGUGAGAAAUGCCCUGGGGGAAGCACUGGGGGUGACAUGGACCGACUCUUAUCCCACCGGUUACGGUUUUAACGAUAAGACCACGCCUUCUGCAACCUUUACCAGGGGUCCCUUUUUCUCAAGUGUCCAUUCGGGUUCGGGACGAGGCCCCUGUUCUGGAUGUACCCCCACAAAUUACGAGCCUGAUGUAGUGGGAGGGUCCCCUUAUUACACACACCACGGAUGGUUUACUGCUAACGGCUGGGACAAAACUGGCCAAACCUCUAUCUGGUUUAAAUAAGGGUCUAUUUCCAGCGACUGCACAAGCAUCGUCUUAAGCUUUAGUGAGCUGAUGAACUUCACUGAACACCCAAGUGGACUCCAUGUGAAAGGGGUGGGGAUGCUCACUGAAAAUUUAUAGCUGUACUGAAACUAUCCACAGAGUACAUGGAAGUAAAAGAGAUUCAUGGGCAGGUAGAAACAAUGAUAUUCUCUCCUAAACACGUUAAGCACCCCUAAGCGAGACGAAGAACGUCGCCGCUUCUUGACAUGGUAGUCCCACUCCCCUGAUCGUCGUGUCUUGAUCUUAACAGUUACUUUUUAGUUGAUGUAAUGAGCCAAGCCUACUGAACAAACUCAAUAGAAAAAGGCAUCUUAUUGUCUUUGCAUUAAAAAAACACUUAACAGUAUGUUGUCAUCUGUCAGUUUAAUUUAGUUUAAUUAGUUUGAGUUAAGAAGGAUUCGUUUAGUUUUGAGUACAGCUAAUCAGUUCUAACCAAAUUCGCAGUUUGCAGUCUGAGCAAUUUAGAGAUACCACAUAUCACAGUAGAAAAUAAAAUAGAUAAGCACAUUGCCACUUAUAACGGCCUUUUGCUGCCAUCGUACAACACGGUAAGCUCCUCGGACGCUAAAUCGAAUUCCUACCUUGGUGAACAUUAUUAUAGAGCAAAUCAGCUUUCUUAGGUUGAGUUUAUAUCUUAGCAUUUUAAUGAGUCCUUAA